GCACGGCAAGGAGAAGUCUCAUUGGCAGCAAAUCUCUCUGAUCCAGACUACAAAUUUGAAUUGGCCACUGAUUUUCCUUCUAUUGGUCUGGAAUGGAAGGUGGAACUAAGAAUUGGUGGAUGUUUGCCAAAUGGAGCGAUGAAUAUGAACAAGGAGUCGACGAAUAUGUCAAAAGGGCUUUUGCUAUUAAGUCUCAAGGAAAUCAAAUUUAUUGUCCCUAUCAAAUUUGUCAAUAUCGUUUUUGGCGAUGUGAAGGUGUGGUGAGAGACCAUCUAAUUUGUAAUGGUUUUGUUCCAAUAUCGGAUAAGUUAUCAGACUUAGGGUUCAAUAUCCAAACAGAAGAAACUAUUUUGGAUAAUGAUGAAGGGUCAAUCCCAAAUGACUCUAGCGAUGACGUAGUGAGGUUGUUGCAUGAUGCACGUGAUGCUUUUAGAGAGGGGCCAAAUGAUGAGGCAAAAAAGUUUUUGAGGUUAGUUGAAGAAGGGCAAGAAGAAUUGUAUCCUGGUUCCAAAAAUCACUCAAAACUUUCCUUCAUGAUUCGACUUUUUAUUUUGAAGUGUAAUCAUAAUCUAACUAAUGCCGCAUUUGGAGAUAUAUUGGAGCUUAUAAGGGAGGUGUUGCCUGAUGCAAAGUUGCCAACUUCUUUCAAUGAAGCGAAAAGUGUUUUGAAAGUGUUGGGGUUGGAUUAUACAAAGAUUGAUGCAUGUCCAAACGAUUGCAUGAUAUAUUGGGAAGAGCAUGAAAAUGCAACAAGCUGCCAUGUUUGUAAAACACCAAGAUGGAAAUUAAAGGACAAAGAGGAUGACAUAGAUAAUGGUAAAGGAAAGACCUACAGAUUCCUUAAAAGAUUCUUAGGUACUUUCCGAUAAAGAAAAGGCUUCAACGACUGUUUAUGUGUCAAGAGACGGCGAGAUACAUGACUUAGCAUGCGGAUGGGCGUGAAAAUGAUCAUCUUUUAAAUCAUCCAGCUCACGGUCAAGCUUGGAGGGAAUUUGAUUCCUUGUACAAAGAGUUUUUAGAUGACCCGCGCAAUGUGAGGCUAGGACUAGCCACAGAUGGCUUCAGCCCAUUCAACUCAAUGAGUAUUGUACAUAGUACUUGGCCAGUUAUGUUGAUCAAUUACAACUUGCCUCCUUGGUUGAUUAUGAAGCCUGAGUAUUUGAUGUUAGCACUACUAAUUCCGGGUCCUUCUUCCCCAGGCAAUGACCUUGACAUAUAUUUGCAACCACUAAUGAAGGACUUGAAGGAUUUGUGGGAGUUCGGACUGGAAACUUAUGAUGCUUCGAGUAACCAGAGGUUUCACAUGCAUGUAGCAUUGAUGACUACCGUGAGUGAUUUUCCUGCUUACGCUAUGUUAUCUGGCUGGAGCACAAAAGGAUACUUGGCGUGCCUUGAGUGUCACUAUGAAUUAGAUUCUAAGUGGUUUCCUUAUAGUGCUAAGAAUGUGUAUAGGGAAAAUCGUAAAUUUCUAUCUCCAUUUCACCCUUGGCGUCGUGAUAAGAGGAAUUUUGAUGGGAAAGUCGAGGAAAGACAUCAACCUACUCUAUUAAAUGGAAUCGAUGUAGCUAAUCUGUUGCGUCAUUUUCCAAAUGAAUUUGGAAAGAAGCAAAAGAAACCAAGGCGUGUUAUUGAUGAUCCGUAUACGUGGAAAAAGAGGGUCAUUUUCUUCGAGUUACCAUAUUGGAAGCAUAUUGUCUUAAUCGUCACAACAUCGAUGUAAUGCAUAUUGAGAAAAAUGUGUUUGAUAGUGUCAUUGGGACAUUGUUAGACAUUUCUCAAAAGACCAAGGAUCAUGUGAGUGCUCGUCGAGAUUUGGUAGAGCUUAAUUUGAUGUCGGAGCUUCAACCAAGAGAAUUGGAAGAUGGUGGCGAAGAAUUUCCAAGAUCUCGCUUUUGGAUGUCAUUGGAGCAAAAACGUAAGUUCUGCCAAGUCUUCAAAAAUGCCAAACUUCCUCAAGGCUAUGCUUCUAACAUUGGUCGAUGUGUACAAGUUGGGGAAAUGAAAAUUGCAGCCUACAAAAGCCACGAUGCACAUUUUAUGAUGAAUUAUUUGCUCCCAAUUACAGUGAAGACAACAUUAUCCAAAGAUGUUGCUACUCCUUUGAUUAGACUUUGUGCUUUUUUAAAAAUUAUAUGGAGUAAAACUGUUGAUCCUCAACAUCUUGAAAAAUUGCAAUCAGAGAUAGUUGAAACAUUAUGCCUACUUGAGAGGAUUUUUCCACCUGCCUUUUUCGAUAUAAUGGUACAUCUACCUUUACACUUGGUGGGCCAAAUUAAGUUGGGUGGACCUGUAAGUUCAAGGUGUAUGUAUGGGAUUGAGAGGUAUCUUCAAGGACUGAAGCAAGAUGUUCGAAAUAAAGCUCGUCCAGAAGGCUCAAUGGCAGAAGGAUAUCUAGCCAAAGAAUGUGUUGCCUUUGUAGCUAGAUUUUUGAAAGGAUCAAACUCGGUGAUGUAUUCAUUUUAUAUAGUAUUUUAUCCCCGUCACGCGAUCAUAGUUAGGAGUAUUUUUGGCUCUUUAGAGCCAAUUUUAUUACUUAAAUGUGUUUUCUAGUGUUUUCGUAGUUGUGGUAUUAUUCUACAGGAAACUGCAAAUUUGGAACAUUUUCCGGCACUUAGUGGAGCCACCGCGAGCAUUGGAGACAAGACGCAUUUCUAUGAUCGUAUUCCGAAGCCCACGACCGUAUUUAAGGAAUCAAUCCGGUGAUUAAGGGCUCAAUGAGGAGAUUUGAAGCUUGGGCAAUUCGAUCCAAGAAGGAUGACGAAUUGGGCUAAGGUAACAAGGCCCAAAGGACGAAGAAGAGUAAGCCCAAGCAUCCGCCCGAUCGGGCAAUGCCCUCGCCCGAAGGCGCGCCCGGCCGAGCGAGAGGAGAAGACUAUAGGGCGAAGGUUCGUCCGGAUGCGCGCUCGACUGGGCGCGAGCAAGCAUUAAUGAAGAAAAAGGCACGCCCAGCCAGGCGAUGCCUCGCCCGACCAGGCGCGUGUUUUAUUUAGGAUUUUUAUAUUUGUUUCUCUUUUUUUCUUUAUUGAGGAUUAUAGUUUAGUAUAAAUACGCUUUUGUUAAGUGAGUUUGGCGGCGUCUUUGACAUGGACGACUUUUCUUUUUCUCUCUCUCUCUCUCUUUUCCCUCUUACUUUCUCUCUCUACACUUUAUCUCUCUACACAUUCUUGAUUUAUGCAAUUCAUUAUUUCCUUUAAUUUUGGUAACGAUUUAUUCCCUCUUU